AUGCAGUCUAGGCGAAGUGGAAAGGGUUCUAAGGCAGCUGGCUCUAGAGUGGGAGCCUUUCAUAUGAUGAAUGCCAUGGAGAAGAAGGCUUCUACAGGGAGGCCUAAGAAGAAUGCCAAGAGUGGCAAAGUGGGGAAACAUUCAGAUCCUAAACAACUUGUGGAGUCUAAAGAUGAAGGCAAAGGAAAGAAACCUUUGUAUAGUGGGGAAUCAUCAAGCAAGUUGAACAAGAGCAAGUCAUCCAAGAAAGGUUUGAUGUUUGUGGAUGUAAAACUCAAUGGGAAGCCCCUUCGUGCUUUGAUUGACACAGGGGCCACCCACAACUUUGUUGCGGGGACCGAAGUUGAAAGACUUGGGCUAUCUUUAGAGAAGGAUGGCAGCCGAUCCAAGAAAGGUUUGAUGUUUGUGGAUGUAAAACUCAAUGGGAAGCCCCUCCGUGCUUUGAUUGACACUGGGGCCACCCAUAACUUUGUUGCGGGGACUGAAGUUGAAGGACUUGGGCUAUCUUUAGAGAAGGAUGACAGCCAUAUCAAGGCGGUUAACUCGGCAGCACAGCCCAUCUAUGGGGUUACAAAAUCUAUUCAUUUAAAGGUCAGCACUCAGGAAGGAAGAGUAGAUUUCACCGCAGUACCUAUGGAUGACUUCCAAGCCAUCCUUGGAUUAGAUUUCUUGAGAAGCACCAAGACGGCAGUCAUGCCUUAUUCUAAUAGUAUGUGUGUCAUGAGGGAUAAACCACGUCUCGUUCCUGCUAUGGCCACUAACAACAGUGACCGGUUUGUCUCAGCUAUGCAACUCAAGAGGGGUGUUAGGCAUGGUGAGCAAACUUGGAUUGUUGCAUUGAAGUUGAAUGAAGCUCUUAAAUCUACUCUUGUCCUAACCAUAGUCAAGAAGGUCUUAAGGCAAUUUGAAGAUGUUAUGCCUGAACAGUUGCCUAAGGAUUUGCCUCAACGACAAGGUGUGAAUCAUGCUAUUGAGUUGGUGCCAGGGGCAAAGCCACUAGCUCGGGCACCAUAUAGAAUGGCUAUUCUUGAGUUGAAUGAAUUAAGGAAGUAG